GGGCUGAAUAGCCUCAUCAAGGAGCCCCAUAGGGUGGGCCUGGUGGGAAGGACUCUCCCGGCAGAACACACAGAGGAACUCAGCAUCCUUUUCACAGAAGAAGUAUAUCUUCUCACCGUGCUCCUUACAUGGAUGGUGGAGCUAUCACCACUUUCCUUCCACUGUGUCUCUGGAUGCACAGAACAGAACAGCAGGUCCCAUGAUGGUCUCCAGUCCAGAGAGUAACUGAGGUCAUCUCUGGAGCAUUGUGAGCCCCUCGUCCUGCUCCUCCUCUGCUGUUCUCCACCUGUGCUAUUGGCAGGACAACAGAACCCUGGCUGCCAGAGGGGGUCCUUGUCUGUGCGUAUGAGGAUGGGGGUACUGGUCCGUAUUUAAGAUGUGCUUGUGUCUGGCCAUGAGCACGUGCAGGUGUGUGAGUGUGUCCUCACUGUUCUCCCAGACCUUCUCCCUCUACCAAGCAAAGAGGGUGACCUUGAGGAGGCCAUAGGCCUAGCAGCACCAACAUGGCCUCAGCUGCCUCUGUGACCAGCCUGGCAGAAGAGGUCAAUUGCCCCAUCUGCCAAGGCACCCUCAGGGAGCCGGUCACCAUCGACUGUGGCCACAACUUCUGCCGCAGCUGCCUCACCCGGUACUGUGAGAUCCCAGGCCCAGACCCAGAGGAGUCUCCUACCUGCCCUCUCUGCAAGGAGCCCUUCCGCCCUGGGAGCUUCCGGCCCAACUGGCAGCUGGCCAACGUGGUGGAGAACAUUGAGCACCUCCAGCUGGUGUCCAUGCUGGGCUCGGAAGAGAAGGACGUCUGCCAGGAGCAUGGAGAGAAGAUCUACUUCUUCUGUGAGGAUGAUGAGAUGCAGCUGUGCGUGUUGUGCCGGGAGGCCGGGGAGCACAGGGCACACACCCUGCGCUUCCUGGAGGACGCAGCGGCUCCCUACAGGGAACAAAUACAAAAAUGUCUUAAGUGUCUAAGAAAAGAAAGAGAAGAGAUUCAAGAAAUCCAGUCAAGGGAAAAGAAAAGAAUACAAGUCCUCCGGACUCAGGUGUCCAUCAAGAGGCAACAGGUGAUUUCCGAGUUUGCACACCUGAGCCAGUUCCUGAAGGAACAGCAGAGCAUCCUCUUAGCGCAGCUGGAGAGCCUAGAUGGGGACAUCUUAAAGCAACAGGAUGAGUUUGACUUCCUGGUCACUGGGGAGAUCUGCCGGUUUAGUGCUCUGAUCGAAGAACUGGAAGAGAAGAAUGAGAGGCCGGCAGGGGAGCUCCUGACGGAUAUCAGAAGCACUCUAAUAAGAUGUGAAACAAGAAAGUGCCGGAAACCAGAGGCUGUGUCCCCUGAGCUGGGUCAGAAGAUUCGGGACUUCCCCCAGCAGGCCCUCCCACUGCAGAGGGAGAUGAAGAUGUUUCUGGAAAAACUCUGUUUUGAGUUGGACUAUGAGCCAGCACACAUCUCUCUAGACCCCCAGACUUCCCACCCCAAGCUCCUCUUGUCCGAGGACCACCGGCGUGCGCAGUUCUCCUACAAAUGGCAGAACUCACCAGACAGCCCUCAGCGUUUCGACCGGGCCACCUGUGUGCUGGCCCAGGAUGGCUUCACGGGGGGGAGACACACGUGGGUGGUGAGUGUAGACCUGGCCCACGGGGGCAGCUGCACCGUGGGGGUGAUGAGCGAGGACAUGUCGCGGAAGGGGGAGCUUCGUCUGAGGCCAGAAGAGGGGGUGUGGGCCGUGAGGCUGGCCUGGGGCUUUGUCUCGGCUCUAGGCUCCUUCCCCAUGAGGCUGGUGCUGAAGGAGCAGCCCCAGCAGGUGCGGGUGUCUCUCGACUAUGAGGUGGGCUGGGUGACCUUUGCCAACGCUGUCACCCGCGAGCCCAUCUAUACCUUCACUGCCUCCUUCACUAGGAGGGUCUUCCCCUUCUUUGGGCUCUGGGGCCGGAGGUCUAGCUUCUCCCUGAGCUCCUGAGAGGGUGCAGUUACCCUCCUCUAAGUACAGGUCUCAUGUCAAGUACUAUGUGGACUUAAUCCCUGGCUGGGUCACCUGAAGACUUGGAAUACAAAUGACUACUUUAGACAAUGAUUUGGAGCCAGGGUCAAAGGUUGACCCUGAAUCUGCUUGCUGAUCAAGCCCCUUGCCCUGUGCCCAGUGAAUGACCAGGGUACCCAAGGAUCCAGGCUGCUCCCAGCUUUCCUCACUGACAUCCCCACCAGGCACAGAAGUAGGUAGCUGUGUCCAGGAGAGAGCACUGGAUUUGGAGUCAGAAGACCUGAGUUCUAGAAUCAGCCUUGUAACCAAGCAAUUGUAUGACCUUAAGCAAGGAAUCUCACCUAUCUUCAUCUUUUCUUCAAAAAAUAUUAUUGGGUUUAUAUACUCACAUUCUCAAACGUUUAUUGUGUGCUACCUGUGAACCAUGUGGUGUGGUCGGCACUGGUGAUGUGAAAAUAAAAAGAAAAAUGCCUGUUCUGUAUCUGACAGCAAUCCUGGGAGGAGAUGAGACACAAAGAGGGAGUUACAGCACAGUGUGGUGGGUGCUGUGUCAGGGGUCUGACCUCGGCAUGGUGGUGCUCAGAGAAGGGAGGCAUACUCCAGCCUGGAGUGAGAGGGUGAGUCGGUGAUGGGUUUCUGGUGGGGAUGGGUCUAAAGGACAAACAAGGUGAAUGAGGGAAGGUGGGAAAGGGCAUCUUAGGAAGAGGGAACAUCAGAGAACUGGCUGGGUGCCCUAUGACCAUGGAACAGUGGAACAUCUUUAUUGCCCUUAUGAGCAGGUGUGUGCUAUCCUCCCUCUGGCUCCACUCGCUCCCUCCCCCCAACCUGGUGGUGCCAUUUCUGGCUGAGAUGAAGGUGCAGGGCCUAGGGGAGGCAUGGCCGUAAACCUCAACUCAAGGACCACAUUCAACCCUGUUCUUUCUCAUCAGUUGAUGACUGAGGUCAAGAAAUGAGAUGGUGGAAGCAAAUGAAUCACAAAGAGCUCAGCUGUGGGAGCAGAAAUGGCACCAUCUGCACCCUUGUACUGUGUAAAAAAUCUCAGGAGGUCAGGGGGAUAAGUCGAAUGACCUAUAACCUUUAGCCUAAAGCAGUGGUUUUUAUACAGUUUAAUGCCGCUACCCUUUUAUACAGUUCCUGUGGGUCGUGACCCACAGGUUGAGAACUGCUGGCCUAAAGAGUUGAGACUGCUGUAGGGCUGAACAAAAAUGUGACAUCUGAGAAGUGGGGUGGAAGAAGGGAAAGAUUAGGGAUUUGGAGAAGAUGAGUAGAUUUGGAAUGGACAGCUCUAUGAGAGACAGGAAGCCAGGUGGUGCUGGGGAGGCCAGGGUGGGCAUGGUGUGAAGAAGCUGGCUAUUGGUCAGUUGGAAAUCCCCCGUCCUGGUGCUGGAAGGACAGGCCUGUUCACUCAUACAUGGUUGCUUAGAAUUUGGAAAAUGCUAUCAGUCGUCCCAAGGUGGGAUUGUAAAUCCUACACA